AUGACAGGGCAAGAAGAAUCCAUCGACUCGGAUCAGACUCGCGGGAUCGAGACCGAAACUGAGGAUCCCGCCGCAGGUGUCGAAGACUAUUCGACCUUCUCGGCACCUAUGAGAACGUACCCCACGUACCUCCUGGGCUUCGUCAUAAUCAUAUCUACCCUUAUGGGCACGGUAUACUUCCCCCUCAUACCGAUGCUCAGUCGCCAGUUCGGCGUGUCGAUCCAAGCCAUCAACCUCACCGUAACAACCUACGCCGUGUUCCAAGCAAUCUCGCCCAUCAUAUUCGCGUCACUGGCGGACGCAUUCGGCCGUCGCCCAGUCAUGCUCUCGUUGACCGUCAUCUACGGCUGCACCAGCCUAGGACUAACUCUGAACAAGGGCAAUUAUGCUGCUCUCGUGGCACUGCGCUCCCUCCAGAGCAUCGGCGGCUCCGCCACCUCGGCCGUUACCUACGGCAUCGUGGCCGAUGUCGCGGUUGUCCCCGAGAGAGGCGCCAUGCUAGGCCCCAUGCUGUCCACGUGCAACGGCAUAUCCGCCGUCGGGCCCAUGAUCGGCGGCGCCGUGGCAUUGCGGACGAACGGGUAUACCUGGGUGUUCUGCUCGCUCUCGGGCAUUGCGGCCGUCUGUUUUCUCCUGGUCGGCUUCACCCUCCCGGAGACGGCCCGAUCGGUCGUCGGCAAUGGUUCGGUACCGGCCCGUGGGCUCUGGAGGACUUGGUGGAGCUUCACUGCCUCUCAGUCGCGUCCCGCAGCGCAAGUAGUUGAAGCGAGUUCACGGCAGAGCGAGGCUGCUGCCUCUUGGAAGCUCCUGGAUGCCUUUGCGUCCUUGCGCAUGAUGUUCUACCCCGACGCAGCCGCCGUACUUGCCAUGAUCGCCUCUUCCUACUGCAUCGGCCUGGCUUUUCUGCCCGGACUUGCGGGCAUGACACUUGGCGGCGUCGUUGCUGGCAAGCUUGUGGAUCGGAACUAUACGAAAACGGCACGGAAGCAUGGGCUGGACGCAACUCGGAUGAAAAGAGAGCUUGCCACGGGGUUUCCCAUCGAGGAGGCCAGAUACCGCAAUAUCGUUCCCUUUAUCGUCGCCGAAGUCGCCCUUGUGGUCGCGUAUGGUUGGGCUGUCCAGGCACGAGCCCAUCCCGCGAUCCCGCUGGUGAUACAAUUCUUCGUCUGCGUGCUCUCGACCCUCCUGAGUCACACCGCCAGCGCGCUGCUGGUGGACAUCUUCCCCGACAAGUCCAGCACUGCGUAUACCUCGAGCCAGGUGGCCAGGUGUGGUCUGAGUGCGGCCUCGGCGGCCGCGAUACAACCCCUGAUCGACGCGAUAGGCAGGGGAUGGUACUUCACGGCGUUUGGACUGUUUGUGCUGUUUGCUGGCGUUGGCUCUGUGCUUGUCAGUCGGGUUAAGGGCUCUGGGUGGCGACGGAGGCGUCAGUGCAGGCGUUUUGAGUGUGAGGUGUAG